CAGCUGUUCGACCUUCUUGGUGAAUGGCAAACUCACGGUUUCCUUAACUUCUACCAAAAAUUCAAUAGAAACUAGUUAAAUAACACGAGAUGGCCCAAAAGAUUAUCAAGUACAUCGGCCGGACCACGGACUUCCGCGGCAACACCUUGUGGGAGCUGGUUUCGGAUCUGCCCAACUGGGGAGUCGGUCGCCUGCUCAUACGUAACAUGUUCCAGCGAUACCCGGAGCCCUGCUACAUGCGGAUUUUGAAGGUGCAAUCCGUGGACGAACAGCCCGGCGAAAUCCGCAAGGUCCGGGUCACCGUGGAGAAGACCUGGCGGGGAGUAACCCAGCCCAAGCCCGUCGAGAUCUACAGCACCAGCUACAAGGCGGACUACGAACUGGUGCCCCAGGGUGAGGAGGGCAAGUACCUGAACAACAACAAGAAGUUGGAACCAGUGGUGCUGCCCACCAAACUUGAUCUGCCACCUCUGCUUCGCGAGCUGGUAUCGGAGGAGACGGGGAAUCCCAAUCCCCAGAUGAAGGUGCAUCACAAAGUAACCCACAACAAACUGUCCAGAUUAGCCAAGGAUGGUGAGAAACCCUCUAUUAACUUCGAGUUAGGUGUCGGACAGCCCAAACCCGUAAGCGCCAAACUUUACGAGGGAUUAUUAUAAACCUGGGACAUUGUUAAAAUAUUAAAUACAUAUAUUAUACACUUAAACUUAA